AUGUCUUCCUCAUACCCCGUCUUAGUUCUUGUCCACGGAGCCUGGCACCACCCAAGCCAUUACAAACUCCUGGUUGAGGCAUGCCGCAACGAAGGUUUCCAAGACAUCGUCACACCACGCAACCUUACGUCAGGCUCUAUAGAGCAGGUUAUCGGUAAAACGCACCUGGAUGACGUUCAGGUUAUCCAGGAAGCAAUUGCUCCCUUCCUGGAUGCCGGCAGAGAACUUGUCCUAGUCGCUCACAGUUAUGGGGGUGUCCCGGCUGCUUCUUCUUUGAAAGGGAACACAGUCCAGGAGCGAGCAGAGAAGGGGCUUAGGGGUGGGAUUAGGGGUCUUGUUGCUAUCGCUGCUUUCCUUCUGUCGCAAAAGGGGCUAUCUGUCUUCCAACCUGAUGGCACACAGUACGGCCCGAUAUUUGACGUACAGGAUGGCUAUGUUGGCACCACUUCUACGUUUCGGGAGGCCCUUUUCAGAGGAGUCAAAUCAGAUCAGGUCUUGCCUGAACUCAACAAGCAAAGCCGAUUGAGCCUUGAGACACCUGUCCAAGUGGUAGCUGGGGAUUUUGAUAUUCCAAAGGUUUACUUUGUCUGUGAAGACGAUGAGGUAGUCCCAGCUAAGCAACAACUUGCCAUGGCACAGGCGGCGGGUGCUAGAGUAGUGACUCUCUCGAGUGGCCACAGCCCUCACUUGGAUAAGCAACACAGCCAGGCCAUUGCAGUCAAGGUCAGCGAGUUAUUCGCCCAUGGAGCCUAG